AUGGCCGGGCUGUUCCAACGGCUCAUGGAGCUUGGCGAGGAGCCCUCUGCCGUGCGCCGCCUGUCGACGUCGUCGGAGCUGAAUAGUGACGCAACGAAGGGAGAGCUAGUUGCACGUGUGGCGCAACUGCAGGAUCACCUGAAAGAACAAAAACAAAAGUACAGCGAUCUACUGGCCGAUGCAACCACACUUCGAUCAGAGUACGACGCAUAUCGCCGGGCGGCAGAGAGGGAGAGGCGUCAGAAUAUGGAGCAGCGCUUGGGAGAUAAGCGCAUGCUGGAGGAGCUGCGUCGAGCGGGGGCGUCGGGGAAGAUUGACGAGACAUAUGUGACGAAAAUGGAGUCCAAAGUGGCGGACCUGCAGGCACGGCUCCACGAGGCGUUGGAGGAAGUUGAAAAGACACACAAGCGGCGGCUAGAGGCAGAGCACGCGCGGGUGGCGGCAGAGACAGCUAAAAAGGAGGAGGUACAGGAGCUCUGCCACCAGUUUGAGCGGUUCAAAGAGACAAUGCGGCAGCGGAAUGAACAGCUUGAGAAGCAGCUGAAUGAGAACUCUGAGACAGCCGCCGCAGCAACUACAACGGUAGAAACAACAACAGCAGUAACAAACGCAGUCGCAUUGGUGGCGGAGGAGAAGACGGAGCCUGAGCCCAAUGGCGGCACCGAAGCGGGUGAGCACACCCCACAGGACGAGUUGAGAGCCGCUGCAGCCAACAAGGAGUUGCUGCAGCUACAGGCACAGCUUGCGGCAGCACUGCAGCGUGAGAAACAGUUGCGGGCAGAACUGGUGGCGGAGCAAGGACGCUACCAACGCCAGCUGGAGGACGCAAAAUGGGAAAAUAUGGAGGCGGGAAAGAAGAUUGCUCAACUGAAGACGGAAAUCGACACGUGGCGAUCCAAGACGGCUCAGCUUGAGGACACGAUAGAGACGAAGGGGGAAGAGCACGCACUCAAAGAAAAGGACUUGCGCCUUGCUAUACGACAGAAGGAGGACACGGCGGCACGUCUGGAGCGAGAGCUGCAGGAGGCGAAGCAGCUCGCGGAGAACAAGCGCGAAGAGUACGGGCAGGCAUUGAUGCGCGAGCGCGAGACAUUAGCAAAGCAAGCUCUGAUGGCGGACGAAGCAGAAUCUCUCACCAAGACGGCCAACGAGACACUGCAGCAACAGCAAGCACACUACGAGUCUCUUCUCCGUGAACGCGAUCGGGUCUUUCAGGAGCAGCUUGGCGUGUGUCGUGCGUUCGAGACAGCGCUGCAGGAGGAACGCGAGGAUAAGCGACAACAGGUGGACUGCAUUGAAGACCUUCGACGAGAGUUAGACCAAGCCCAGCGGAUGAUAAGCGAACUGCAGUUUAUGCAGGCGCAGAGUCAGCGCCUCAUUGAACUCCGCGAGGAGGAAGUCCUCUCAAGGGAGGAGGAACGGCAGAAGCUUCGGGGACUUCUGCGGGAGGAGGAAGAGGCACACCACUGCACACGCCAGCGGGUGAUGGAGCUGGAGACCAUCCACGGUGAGACGGAGCUGCUCAGUGCCAAGAAUGCAGCGGUCACGGAGGAGGUCACAAACAAACUUGCGGCUCUCGAACGUGAGUGCAGCUCUGCCCGCAGUCUGAUGGAAACGCAACAGGCGCAGCUCCACACCAAAGAUCAUACGAUACGGCAGCUGCAGGUGCAGCUGGAUGAGCUGAUAGCACAGAGCGCCAAGUUCGCCUACUAUCGUGAGGAACAGGCCGCAAAGGCCAGGAUAUUUGAGGGCCGUAUUCGUGAGCUGGAGGCAGAGAAGUCUGCGGCUCUCGUGCAGCGGCUGCAGGUGGAUAACACGCCGGCAUCUGUAAACUUCAGCACCGGGCCGCCUGCAGCACCUGAGAGUUCGCUCAACAACACCGCCGUAUCUGCAUUCGAGUUAUUAUACGCAGCGCCAUCCGAGCGUGUACGGCAGCAGUUUGUCUCUGAGGCCGUCAUGUCAGCGCGUAAACUACGCCUUGCCGCAUCGUCACGUAUACGUAAGCUGAUCUUGUUCUCUCUCGUUUGUAUUCUUGUGGUAAUAUUAUCCGCAAGCUAUCUCACUGCUUCCCCUAGUGCCAAUGCUGUGGGUGCAGCGGAGGCCGCGAUGGAUUCCCUCCGCCAGCGCUACACAACGGUGUCUGACGCAUUGCAGCGCUGCCAGUCAAGUCUCGCCAGUUGCCGUAGGCAAUAG